AAAAAUUAGAUAGAUUUACAGAAUCGAAAGUGAAAAAAAAAUCUAUAUUUUAAAAUAACAUUUUUUACAACCUUGACGAUUUGAUCACUUUAUAAACAAACAUGCCGGUCACUAAUAGGACAAAUGAGGCAUUAAAAAGAUCUGCAACUUCUGCUUUGAACAAGACCACUGAUCCGAUUGAAAAACUUAGACUAGCUUGUUUGUCUAGAGGUGCAGCUGGUAUAAAAGGAUUAGGAAGGACUUUUAAAAUAUUUGAUGAUGAUGGCAGCAGAACACUUGACUUUAAGGAAUUUAGUAAAGGAUUGCGAGAUUAUGGAUUGCAUCUGGAGCCUCAGGAGGUAAAGGAAAUCUUUGAUGCAUUUGACAAAGAUAAAAGUCAGCAAUUGGAUUUUGAUGAGUUCUUAUUAGCUUUAAGACCUCCAAUGAGUAAUGCACGUAAAGCUAUUAUCUCAAAAGCUUUUAAUAAACUUGACAAAUCAGGAGAUGGCUUUGUUACAGUUGAAGAUUUGAAAGGCACUUAUAAUGUGACUAAACAUCCUAAGUACUUAAGUGGUGAAUGGACUGAGGAUCAGUGUUAUCGCCAAUUUCUCGAUGCAUUUGAUACACCUGAUAGUUGUGAUGGAACGAUAACUUUAGAAGAAUUUAUCAAUUAUUAUUCUGGAGUGAGCGCUUCAAUUGAUAACGAUGCGUACUUUGAUUUAAUGAUGAGAAAUGCUUAUAAGAUAUGAUGAAUGCUUACAAGAUCUGAUAAGCUUUUCACAUUUUGUACAUAUAUUUGUCAUGCUUUUCUUAUGUAUAUAUUACAGAUGAUUUUUAAACUUCAGCAUUUGUUUAAAUAAAUUUUUAAUAUAUAUUUGUUUUGGUUUUAAUUUUUUUUUUUAAUUUACAUCAAAUUUUUUUAAUUUAAAUCUUUGGAAUGGCUAAGAUGUUCUAUAUUCACAAGUGUGUAAAUAAAUUGAAUAUUUAAUAGAUAUUUGACAUUUUUCAUUUGUAUAUAAAGAUAAAUUUAAUGUUUUGUGUGAUUUUUGUUAUUUAUAUAUGUUUACUUUAUAUAAAUUGUAUUUUAUAUAUGUACGUUCUGCAUUUUACACUUUAUCCUGAUAAUAUUUUUUAAAUUUUAACAAGAUUUUAUAUAGAAGAUAGAUUGCAUUUUUUA